CACCCCUGCCGGGGCCGCGCCAGGCCGCCUGCCACGGAGUGGGCGCCCCACACGCACCGCGCGCAGAGCCCCGCAGCCAGCCGCCCGCAGCUGCCAGCGCCGCCCCGACGGCCUCCGUGCGACGCUGCCACUGCCACCGGGGCCCCAAGGCCACCAUGAAGAAGGAGGUGUGCUCAGUGGCCUUCUUCAAGGCCGUGUUCGCGGAGUUCCUGGCCACCCUCAUCUUCGUCUUCUUUGGCCUGGGCUCGGCACUCAAGUGGCCCUCGGCGUUGCCCUCCAUUUUGCAGAUCUCCAUCGCCUUUGGCCUGGCCAUAGGUACCCUGGCUCAAGCCCUGGGACCUGUGAGCGGUGGCCACAUCAAUCCGGCCAUUACUCUGGCCCUCUUAGUAGGCAACCAGAUCUCGCUGCUCCGAGCUGUCUUCUACGUGGCAGCCCAGCUGGUGGGCGCCAUUGCUGGGGCAGGACUCCUCUACUGGUUGGCGCCAAACAAUGCCCGGGGCAACCUGGCCGUCAAUGCGCUCAGCAACAGCACAACGCCAGGCAAGGCCAUGGUGGUAGAGCUGAUCUUGACCUUCCAGCUGGCACUCUGCAUCUUCUCGUCCACCGACUCCCGCCGCACCAGCCCGGUGGGCUCCCCAGCUUUGUCCAUCGGCCUGUCUGUCACACUGGGUCAUCUUGUGGGGAUCUACUUCACCGGCUGCUCUAUGAACCCAGCCCGCUCUUUCGGCCCAGCGGUGGUCAUGGAUCGGUUCAGCCCCUCUCACUGGGUCUUCUGGGUGGGUCCGAUUGUGGGGGCCAUCCUGGCUGCCAUCCUCUACUUCUAUUUGCUGUUCCCCUCCUCCCUGAGCCUGAGUGACCGAAUGGCUGUCGUCAAAGGCACAUAUGAGCCAGAGGAGGACUGGGAAGAGCAUCGGGAGGAGCGCAAGAAGUCCAUAGAGCUGACAGCGCACUGACCAGCACCAGGCAGGGGCCAGCCCCUCAGUCCCUGAACUGCUGGAGAACAAGAAGAAAAUCAGACAUCAGAGCAUCUUUCUCCAACAGUCCUUUGGGGGGGAAGAGGCACUGGACCCAUGCUGAAGAUAGAGAUGGAAGCAGAAGCUCACAAUGGGACACUUGGGUGGGGGCCAGGGGCUAGAGUCUGACAGGGACAGGGUCUCUUCCGGAACCACAGAAUGAAUGCCACAGGUCAGACCUCAGGGAUUGUGAACGCAGUGCCAAGCUCACAGACUGCCCAGGACCAUACCAGAAAAGGGUGGAAGCAGCCUGCUUAUGUCAUCCAACCCAGCCUCUCAUGUGCCCAAGCCAGCCCUCAGGUGGGCAGAGCACACACUGCCCCAGAGCUCAAGCAGAGGAACAGAUGGUGCAUUGAAUACCAUCGUAUUUAUUUUUCAUCAAGGAUGGGGUGGGGUCUGCUGGUAUUUGGGUUGGGCACUUUUGUUUCCCAAUAAACCAUCUUCAUAUUC